UGUCAGGGGCCUGCGAUAAAUCGCAAUGCAUUAUUGAUAAUAAUAAUCACGUUGACAUGCGCAUUUCUACUGGAAGGGGGGUAAUUUUUCCAAGGCGAAGAAUUUGUUGAAGAAGCGGAGGAAAAUUGCCUGCGACUCUUUGCUCCUGAUGGUUGCACCAUGUCGAGGCGCAAGCAAGCCAAGCCGCAGCACAUCAACUCUGACGAGCCUGGCUCAGUGGAAACUGGGGUUCCUCGAGAUGGUCAAGCAGAGGAUGCAGGAAAUGAUGUAAAGAGGUUAAGGAUGGAUAAAGCCAGAGUCUGCAACAAGUGUUGCGCAGAAUAUUUUGAUGAAGCAGAGUUUCUGGAGCAUGAAAAAAAUUGCACUAAAAGUCAGCAAGUCGUCAUCAUGAAAGAGGGGGAUUACAAUGAGGUGCCUGAAGAAUAUUCACAAGGGUCUCCUGAAGGCCUGAACAGCGACCAUGAUGAUGGUCAAUCCAGCAAUCAUUCCAAUACAGACCAAAUGGAAGAGUCGAGCAUGACUGCCGAAGACUCUGGACACCAGGAUCAAGCAGAUAUGUCUACUAAUCCUGAGAGCGCUUUCCAGUGUUCACCUAAAAUUCAAGAUUCAAAUGUCACCCUUCAAACCCUGCCUGAUACUAAAGUGGCUGUCUCCCAGCAUUCUUCCAAUGCAUCUCAGGCCUCACCACAGGAUCUCCUUCAGGCUAUCCCCAUCAUUUUGGAACAGCUAGUGUGUCUUCAGCAACAGCAGCUGCAGCAAAUUCAGCUAACAGAACAGAUUAGAAUCCAGGUUGCCAUGAUGACCCCACAGGGUCUGCAGCCAUCAGUAGGUACAGCAAUGGAUCCCCUCAAAGCUCUUGGUGCACACUUGUCUCAACAGCUGUCUGCAGCAGCAGCUCUGAUAGGUAAAAGAACUGGCGCUGAGAGCCUUUCCAUGGAGUCAGUAAAGCAAGGUAAACUACCUCUUCCCACUAGAAUUCCUAACACUCUGAGUGCAGGACUGGGAACAACGGCUUCUAAAACAGACAUUUUGAAGGGUGGUCCAGAUCUGGCAAGCCGUUUACCAGCACUACUGCGCCAGUCACCAGGUGUUAUGGGUUUCCCUAACACCUUUAAUAGUAUCCAACCAGGGAUUGACUCUUCUAAAAAGCUGAAAGCAAAGAUGCUGACACUCCCACCAGAAUCAAAGAAUGGGGAGUCAUUGUACAAGCACAAGUGUAAAUACUGUGGAAAGACCUUUGGCAAUGAUAGUGCCCUCCAGAUUCACCUGCGUUCUCACACUGGGGAGAGGCCUUUCAAGUGUAACAUCUGUGGAAACCGCUUUACGACCAAAGGAAACCUCAAAGUGCAUUUCCAGAGACAUAAAGAUAAAUAUCCUAACAUCAGCAUGAAUCCCCAUCCUGUACCAGAGCAUCUUGACACUAUUCCCACCAGCAGUGGCAUUCCCUUUGGUAUGUCUGUGCCCCUCGAUGAGUCAAAUUUGAUGGAGGUUAAGCCUGUCCUAAGUCAUCCAGCUGCUGGGUUCAACCCCCAAUCUAUACCUGGAUUCAAACCGACGUUUGAUGGCUUUGGGAGUGACCCAUUCCCUCAAAAGGCCUCUCCAUCAACGAGUGAUAGUUCCCCAUCCAUUUCCACAGUGUUUGGACCAGACCCAGGACUGGAUCCAAAUCACAAGGAGGCUAAAGAACUGCUUGGUGCAUUCCAUCAUAUGAAUGGCAGUACCCUUCCAGGAGAACUAAGCUCCGGAACAGCAAAGCUUCAGCAAAUGGUGGAUGGCCUGGAAAAGAGGACCAAUGAUCCCAAUGAGUGUGUUAUCUGCCACAGGGUUCUCAGUUGCCAGAGCUCACUCAAAAUGCAUUACCGCACGCACACUGGUGAAAGGCCGUACAAGUGCAAGAUCUGUGGCCGUGCAUUCUCAACAAAGGGAAACCUCAAGGCUCACUAUGGAGUGCAUAGAGCCAACACUCCACUCAAAAUGCAACACUCAUGUCCCAUCUGCCAGAAGAAGUUUACCAAUGCUGUUGUUCUGCAGCAGCACAUUCGUAUGCACAUGGGUGGGCAGAUCCCCAACACUCCAAUGACAGAAAACCAGUAUGAAGCAGCAGAAGCAAUGGAGCCAUCGCCACCACAGGAGAAGUCGGUGGACAACAGCAGUGUUGAAGGAACUGUGGAAGAUCAUGAACCAGAGCUGAACUCCCAGAAGCUAAACGACUCAUUAAACUCUCUCCAAGCUGCCACUGAUCAGUCUCAAAAGCUUGCACUGCCUGUACCAUUUUCCAGCCUAGAUGUUCUGAAGAAUCUCACCUCUGCUCUUGCCCUGAAACGACAGAGUAGCACCACUUCAGAAAGCGAGGGAACUCCCAAAGGCUCGCCACCAGUUCAGAGAGAGCAGGAAUAUCAGAAUGGCCGCAGUCCUGCGAUUUCUGAUUCAGCCAUAUCCUUUCACUCCUCCUCCCCAGUGAACAUUAGCAGCAAGUCUCCUGAGUCAGCAGGUGAUGAAUUUACCUGUAGUCUGUCAAAACAAGAGUCUGAUAGAGCACAAGAUGGAGGUGAAUCAGGUGGAGCCCUUGACCUCACAGCAUCAAGCAGCUUUAAUACCAAAGUGAUUAAAGAAGAACCUGGCAUCCCGUUUACAAAUGGGGACUAUGCUCCCAGCAACAUACCUUUUAUGAAGAUGCCUCCAAGUUUGAGCAGCCUGGAAAUGAAGAUUCCAACUGAGAAUCCUUUGGGCUCUCAUGGAUUAUUCAGCUCCCAAAUGCCUCAGGGAACAGCCAUACUCUCCUCUAUCUCCACUGUACCUCGGCGAUCCACCAAACAGCAUAUGUGUAAUGUCUGUGGCAAGAACUUCUCAUCGGCCAGUGCUCUGCAGAUCCACGAGCGUACGCAUACAGGGGAGAAGCCCUUUGCCUGCAACAUCUGCGGCAGAGCUUUCACCACAAAGGGAAACCUGAAGGUACAUAUUGGCACCCAUAUGUGGAACAACGCAUCACGCCGUGGCCAGCGUCUUUCCUUGGAAAAUCCAAUGGCAGUAAUGGCAAUGGGCCCUGAAGCCAAGCUUUUGCCAGAAAUGAUGCAGGCGCCCAAAGAUCUGGGUUCGUCACAGAUGAGCUUUGACCCAUCUAUCUGGAACCAGUAUUCUGCUGCCGCCUUCACUGGUGGCUUGACAAUGAAGACCAAUGAAAUUUCAGUCAUUCAGGGAGGUGGCAUCCCGCUGCCUGGGAGCCCUGCUGGUGGGCCACUGAUCGGAUCCACCGGGGGCCUCUUGAAAAUGGACGGAUCCCACUCUGGCUUGCCUGCCACUAUGGCUGAAAUGGAAAAGAACAGCUCAGAAAGUGUGCCAAAGUCACAGUUUCCACAUUUCAUGGAGGAGGGCAAAAUUGCAGUUAAUUAGUUUUUUAAUCACCAGGUAAUGCACCCCAAAGACCCCUUCUCAGUUUUUGAAUGUCUCUUUUUCUUUUCUUUUUUUUUUGUUUGAGGUACAAUCAAUGUUUAAAAAAAAAAACCUUGCUGAAUUCCACCUAGAUUGGUUGAGAGAUUUCCUUUUUUACAUUGAAAUUACAGAAGUUCUCUCCCCUCCUGAUCUCAGUGAUUUUCGAGUGUUAACUUGGUUUAUAACUACUGUAGGACUUUUAUUUUUUAUGAACACAUAUGCGGGUAUUUUCUCAUGUUGACCUUUAUUUUGUUUGCUGUCUAUACAGAAGUUUGAAUGUAUAACUUACUUGAAACUGCUUUAACUCAGACUGUCUCCUUAAAAACCUCUUGAAGGAUUACGACUUUUGGACUUUGUAGGAAAAGGGGCAUGAAUUUUAAGAACCCCAGUCGGACCGGGCAGGACAUGGUCUCAGUGUUUAGAAUUAACUGCUAUGGUUAACUGUAUGUGUCAUUUAAGACUACUUUCCCUUUUGUUGUGUGUCAUAGGUUUUAUGACAUUGUGCAUUUUUCUCAUGAUAAUUGCCCUUCAGCUUUUUUUAUUGUGAAAGGGGAUUUUGAUCAGAGCUUUCCUAUAAAAUCAACGUUCUGCAGUUUUAGAUUGUGGAAUAUAAAUGCAUUUUUAUUGUAUUUGUGCCAAGGUACAGUUGUUGCUCCCACAUCUGUUGUCUAAGUGCCUGAUCUGAGUUAAACCUGCAUUUUUAUGGCACUGUUGGAUUGUUACAAAUACUCUAUUAGACUGAAAAAAAAAUGGUGUUUCCUUAUGUAGUGUGGCAUACAUUUCAUAUUUUCAGACGUUUUGUUCAUUGUUUACUCAAGUCGAUUCUUCACUCAUACUCAGCUGUGAAACUUAGUGACACAUUUAGUUGGCUGAGCUCAGAAGGCUGUCUUAUGCUUAGUGUUGUCAUGCCUGCACUUUAUUUCAGGUUCUAAUUGCUUUUACAUUUCACUGCUUUUACUGUAACUGAAUAAAAGGUGACAAAUGGUCAUUUUAGUCAACCUUUUCUUCUUAUCACAAUGAUUCAAACUAACAGUCAAGAUUUCCUUUUUCUUCUUUUUGGUAGUCUUAUCAGUUUGUAGCAAAAUGUAUUUAUUUAUGAGACGAAAUGCUUGAGUUUAGGGGUAAGUUUCUACCUCAUUUCGAUAUUAGUUGUCCCUCAGUGCCCCUCACACUCAAUGCAAUGUUCUGUAUAUUUUUUUUCUAUGUAUGCUAUGGAAAUCUUCAUUCUCAACCUGCUGAGUUGAACAGUAAUGAAUGUAUCACUGGACACUUUACCCAACUCAGCCUGGUCGAGUACUCGGUAGGCCCCUGCUGUUCAUUCCUUUAUCGAUAUGCAUUUGCCAAGUUGUGCCUUCCUUUAAGUAAACCAUGUCCAACCUGUUCUCGAGUUGCCUCCACAGUUCAAGCAACGUGGAACCAAUUUGAUCCUGUUUACAGUGUAAAUGUGUUGUUUUUUUCUGAGGUUUCUUUGAGCUCAAUGUUUUCUGAUUUUUGAAGAAUAAAAUCAGGGUGACUUUU